CCAUCAACCACAUUUCACUGCAAAUGACGCCGUAAAGAGCGUCGGUUAGCCGCAAAAGAACUGCAUAUAAACUGCGAUAAUUUUGCUCUCUCGUGUAGAUUAUAAUCGUUUCCGUACAUUUGCUUGCUGCUUUCACAAAAUUGACACACAACCAUGUUACUUCGCAGCAGAAUAAUAUUAGUGACCUUUAUCAUCGGGUUGGUCUAUGUUGUAGCCGAAUGUCAGUAUCCGCCACCCGGCUCUGGUCCCGACAACAGUCCUGGUCCGCCAGGGCCUGGACCUGGAGAUGUCUGGAGCAUGUGGGCGUGGAUGGCGUCGCUGUUUGGGAAAAAAGGAUGCAACACUUGUGGUUGCGGAUCGGGUGGAUGCAGCGGCGGCGGCACCAUCAUAAAUAUUAACCAGAACAAUAAUAAUCCAUCGCCCGGGGACCAUUCGGGAAGUACAACCGUGGACCAUUCCGGAAUUACUUCCGUACCAACCACUCUGCCUUCUUCUCCGUCACCGCCGUGUCAAGCAUCUAUCAACAGUGGUCCCUUUUUUCCUGGCACUUGCCAGGAAAAUUUUUUUUCUGCCGUGAUGCUCAUUGGAUCGUGCCUGCCUUAUCAAGUGUCUUUCGAGCUGACAGGGCUUCCUUGUGGCAGAGUACAGAGUAAUGGUGAGAUUGUGUUCGAUGCUAGCCUUGGAUGCGCCGUAGGCGUCGGUGUUUCUUACUAUGGGAAUUUACGGGCUUGGGACAGCUUCAGUCAAAUGACAUUAGGAGCAGAUAUGGUCGUGGUGGACACUUCCAGCAUACAGUAUUGCAUAACCACCACACCAACGUCAACCCCGAGCACAGAUACACCCACCACGGGUUCCUUGGUGUGCAUAUUUUCUUAUCCAAACAGUGGAUACUUUUCUCCAUAUCAGUGCACUGCAAACAUCUUUACUCCCUUGUCUCUCUCCAUGGGAUGCACGUGCUGUUCGCGAGUGACCUUUCAACUCACCGGAUUACCGUGCGCAUCCGUGCAAAACGAUGGAACCGUGACUUUUGACCCACUCAGUCAGGGUUGCAGCGUGGGACAAGGGACCGUAUACUACGGCACUGUAACGGCAGUGGACAUUUUUACAGGCAUGCAGUACAGCAGUGUACAAAUUACGGUGGACACCACGAAUUUACAAAACUGUUUCACCACAUCUUCGACCACUACCACGGGACUGCCUUGCACCAUGUCAGUCACACCCGCUUCCUUGUCAUUUGCACCCACAAGCUGCAGCGAAGUAAUUCUUAUGGCGAGAACAAGUGGUUGCACAGACAGUGAUUUUUAUCGCAUUAAUUGGAAAACUCCCGGUUUGCCGUCAAAUUGUUUCGCGUUUAGUACCAGUUCUGGGCUUCCCUGGAUCCUUGUUUUUACCCCCAUUCAACCGUACAAUCAAUUCUAUUGUGAUGUCGGCCAAGGGGUCAGUUAUUCGGGAAAUAUAACGGCUUACGACGUGUAUAACCCUGGUGUCAAUCUGGCUACGUGGAGCAUAACGGUUGACACUUCAGGGAUGGAACACUGCGUCGCCAGCGGGGCGUAUCCAGUAAACGCAAAUUGCUGGGCUAGCCUUUCACCCAUGCCUGGCCCCAUUUUUCGUCCGACAAGUUGCGAUUACAGUGUUUUAACAAAUAUCGUAUUCGGCGAGGGUUGCCAGUAUUACCCGGACCUCAAUCCACGAUAUGAGCUAUCCGGGUUUAAUUCGUGCAGCGCGGUGCAACUUGUUAACAAUUCCUUAAUUUUUGAUGUUUCCAAUGGCACUUCAUGUAACAUUACAUCAGCAAUGUCGCAUACGGGAACUCUUACGGUGUAUCAUUCCUACUACCAGGCGGCUUUUUGGAAUUCGUGGCAGAUACAGCUGUUGACUGGCGGCCUGCAACCUUGUGCCGACUACUGGGCGGGUACCGGCACAUUGCCAACCACUGUCACUACCACGCCUUGGUGGACGGGAUAACACAAGAUGAUCUACGAUUAAAGGAGCAUGAGUGAAACAAUAUAGCUCCUAAUUUUGGAAGCUGCUGGUUAUUGUGUUAACGUGUUGCUAUGUAUGGCGACCGACGACCGUUAUAAAUCCGCUUUUUACCGCCGGAACCCAGAAACCCCCGAGUCAGCAUAUUUACUUGCACUGGCUAUUAAGUUUACUGCUUCGCCUUGCUUAGUACGCGCUACGCAGUACAACUGAAAUGGCACGUUUGAAGAAAGGAUUGUAUAGACUCUGCACACUCCAAAGUACUGUACGGUAUACGUUGUCACAUACUGGAUUCUGGAGUGGAGUUUGUGUUUAGUUAGUCUAGCGGCCCAACCGAAAUACAAUUAGUACUUACCGAGAUCAUCAGAAAUCAUGAACAAUUACAACUACCACGUGGUACAUGGGUAAACGGCCUUUUCUAAUACGGGAAAGUACAG